UAUUGGGGGCAAAAUAUAAAGAAAUGUUAAAUUCUAGGGACUACAAAAUCUGUGCCCUAAACAAAAAGAUGACAGAAAGCAGAAAAGAAUGUAGCCUUUAAGAAAGAAGGAAACAUCAGAAGCUUUUCUCUAACAUUUACAUAAGAAGAAUAACAUUCUUUCUCUCAAUUUGUUUCUUUCUUCUUUAAAACCUUCGAAGCUUGAGGGUUCUUUCUUUGGUCGGUUUAAGAGAGAUGUUGUGUAGAAUGGUGGUGGUGAAUGGCCGGAAGAAGAAAGCCGGUUUGGUUCCGGUUUACCUGAAUGUAUACGAUCUCACUCCCAUCAAUGGCUACGCUUACUGGUUAGGACUCGGGGUCUACCACUCUGGUGUUGAAGUUCAUGGGGUUGAAUACGGUUUUGGAGCUCACGAGAAUUCAACAACGGGGAUCUUCGAGGUAGAACCGAAGCAAUGUCCAGGUUUCACAUUCAGGAAGUCUAUUUUGAUUGGAAGAACAGAUUUGAAUCCUGAUAAAGUCUGUACCUUUAUGGAGAAACUUGCAGAAGGGUAUAGUGGAAACACUUACCAUCUCAUUACAAAGAACUGUAAUCACUUCUGCAAUGAUGUUUGUGUUCAGCUGACCAGAAGAUCUAUCCCUAGUUGGGUUAACCGUCUUGCUCGCUUCGGUUUGUUCUGCAACUGUGUUCUGCCGGCAGAGCUGAAUGAGACAAAGGUGAGGCAGGUUAGAUCAAAAGAAGAAAAGAUUCAGGAAGUGAAGAAACUUAAGAGCAGAUCAAGUAGGUUUCCACCUAGCUCUUCUCUUUCUUCAUCAGGUUCUUUAAACCGAAGCAGAAGAGGUGCAAGGAGAAGACAAUGUCUUCCUCCAACACCACCUGUGAUGGCUUAGCUCUAGUGUUAAUAAAGAUCCCAAGAAGUUAUGUUUGUUUGAACAAUCAUUUUUCUUGAUGAUAAUAUGCUGGGUAUAAUAUCUUCACAAUACUUUAGAAAGGUUACACAUCUUCAA